GCACAAAUUGCAGUUGCAGUUCUGACAGAGUAAGAAAAAGACACCGCCAUGAAGGUCCUUCUAGUUCUCCUUUUGGGUCUGGCCUUUGCCCUGGCCGAUCACGAUCACGAUCACCACCACCACCACGAACCCUAUGUGGUGAAGACCCACGACGACCUGGUCACCUAUCGCACCUUCUGUGCCGACAAAGUUCACGCCGGCGAGGAGCUCGUGGAGAAGUACAAGAAGUGGCAGUAUCCCGACGACGCCGUGACCCACUGCUAUCUGGAGUGCAUCUUCCAGAAGUUCGGCUUCUACGAGCCGGAGCACGGAUUCGAUGUCCACAAGAUCCAUGUGCAGCUGGCCGGUACCGGUGCUCAGGUGAACCAUUCGGACGAGACGCACCAGAAGAUCGCCCACUGUGCCGAAACGCACUCCAAGGAGGGCGACUCCUGCUCGAAGGCCUACCACGCCGGCAUGUGCUUCAUGAACGCCAAUCUGCAGCUGGUGCAGCACAGUGUCCAGGUCUAGAAUUGGAUCGGACUGCCCCAACCCCAUCCAGAACCAUCUGAUCCUUAUUUUGCAGUUCAAGACAACAAUAAAGAAUUCAGUUGUAAUACAGA